AUGGUGCAACAUAAGGUUUUAGAUUUUGAUGUGGAAAUUAGCCAUAUACCUGGUUCAUUUAUAAGAAGCAGCAUGGGAGAGGCAACUGGUGAUUUAGAAUUACAGUCUGAUGAGUUUAAAGAAUUUUCAAAUUCUGAAGAUGUGAAGCCACUUCUAUCUACAGAUGAUAAAACCGUUGUUACGCCAGAUUUUUCAUCUUCUACAGACACAAAGUCAGAAUGUACAACAUUUUCCUCUUUUGUUGAUGUAAAACACCAUAUGACAUUUCUAACUUCUCAAGAUAAAACAACAGGAUUUUUAAUUUUUAAAGAUAUGGAACCUGCUGUAUCAGCAGUAUGUACAAGAUCUGAAGAUUUAAAACCAGAAUUAGCAAUUUUAUCAACUAGUGAAGAUAUAAAACCAGAAUUAGAAACUUUAUCAACUGCUGAAGAUACAAAUCCAGAAUUAGAAAAUAUAUCAACUAGUGAAGAUCUAAAACAAGAAUUAGAAACUUUAUCAACUAGCGAAGAUAUAAUACCAGAAUUAGAAACUUUAUCAACCAACAAAGAUAUAAAACCAGAUUUAUGGACAAAAUUUUUAGAUUCUGAGGACAAACAACAAAAUGGACUUGAAGAAAAGCUAAAACUCUCUGAAGAUGAAACAUAUCUGUCUGUUGAUCCUCAUGAUCAUAAUGAACAGUUUUUUCAAAGAUCUAACUUGAAUAAACAAGCUCAAGUAGGGGAGAGGCCACUUGAAUGUGAUGCUAGCCAUAAAAGGUUUUCAGAUAGUUCUAGAAAAGUUCAUACUGGAGAUCAACCACAUGAAUGUGAUGUUUGUCAUAAAAAGCUUUCAUCUAGUUCUUAUUUAAGGAAACAUAGAAAAGUUCAUACUGGAGAUAAACCAUGUGAAUGUGAUGAUUGCCCGAAAUAUUUUUCUGAAAUAAAGACUCCCGACAUAUAG